AAAGCACAUUGCAGUUGCAACUCCAACAGGUGCGCACGUUCUGAUGGUGCUUGAGCCAACGCCAUCUCGCCAUUCAGAUAAAGCAAUUCCACCGUAAAUCGAAAGAAAGCCGAAGUACAAAAAAAACACGCAUCCGAACAAAUUUCCGAACGAUAAUAUGACGAAGGCUUCGGAUACGCUGCCGAGUUCGGGCAGCGCGCAGACGAUGGAAACGACUCCGCCUCGCCUCGUGCCGAAGCUCAUUGGCUUCAACAUUCUCUGCGCGAUGCAGAUCGGUCUCGGCGCGCUCGCCAUCCUAUUCGAGGCGCUGCAGUUCAGUACGUGGCGGGGCAGCAUCGGCAUCUUCCACAGCCGCGCGUCGGGGAUCUGGUGCGGGCUUCUGUGGUUCAUCGUCGGUUUCGUUGGCCUGUUCCUCGUGCCUCGUGCCUACGUGAGAGUCAUCGGCAACGCCCGCUACGUGCUGCUGCUGCUCGCCUGCGUUCCGUGCAUCCUCAGCAGCAUCUACCUGCUGGUGAUGUCAUCGAUCAACGCCAGCCGCAUCGACCUGCGCGCCGUCUGUCGGGAGAGCGCGCCGGACGCGAGCUGCUCGAGCGUAAAGUUCGCGAAAGCUUUCUACAUUAUGCUCGCCAUACUCGCCGCGCUCGAACUGCUCGUGGCGAUGAUUCUUAUGGUGCAGUGCUUCUUCGCCGUCUGGGUCCACAAGAAGGAGGACAAGAUCGUAUUGGUGACGCCGAGGAGCCACUCACCGGCGCAGCACGGUCCUGCUACACCGACGAAACACACUUCCGGACAGCCAGUGACACCUAUCGGCUAUUAUCCGCGUUAUACGUACAAUUACGGCCCGCAAUACUGACACGAGCACUGAGCCUCAGGCUUCCGUAUACUCUCAUUAUGCAAUUUAAUUUAGAAAAAGCCACUACUAUUAUAAUUAGGGUCGUUACUAACGAUGGGUUGAGUAUAGGUAGUAGAGAGAAUAUACGUGCAUCAGGAUAUAUAAAUAUCAAUUGGAUAUGCGUAUAAAAUCGAUAUCAUGAGGAUAUUAUGGAGAACAUCAUAAAUUGAACAGUCAGCACCACAAAACUGCGUCAAUACAAUAAUUUAAUUAUGCGUAGCAAUUAUUAAUCGUCUUACACAACAAAGUCACUACGGGUUAUUAGUAUAUUAUAUCUUUUAUACUAGACUAAUUUACAGUAAUUAUUAGUAAACGUAGCGGUCACACACAGUUGUCUAUCGUAAACGCCCAUGUUCUUGAAACACCUCAUGCUUUGCAAGACCCGCGGUUGUCAAGGCUAAACGCACAUCUAGAAAAAGAGGCCACGGUCGAUGCCUGCGGCUACAGAACUUGAUGGGUAGCUUUCACAUUCCAAUUACCCAAUAACCAUUCCCCAAUCCCCCAUAACCAUAAAAUAUAAUUAGAUAUAACUUUUCGUGUAUUUAUAUUUAGUAUUAUAAAUAUCAUGACAAUUUUGGUUAGUUAUGAUGUGGGUGAACGCAUAUAGUUAAGGGGACUGUCCUCCGAAGUGGUAAUUGUUAUGUGAGGAAAUGAUAGGCCAACGGUAUAAGAUUAAGGUGAAGUGGUAGUGGUAAGGAAACGAUUGAACUAGCUCAGGCUUUAUUACUACCUUGUAUCUUAUAUAAACUUUAUAAAUAAUAGUGACGUUUUUCACUCUGAUGAACCUUGAUUACCCAAAUUCUAGUGCUGACUGGUCGUAAGUCUGAUAAACAUGCCAUGCAUUUUCUGUGGAUAAUCAAAACUCAAAAUAAACGUCUAUUAAUAUGUAAUUCUCAUAUUAAGUGUAGUACUCUUACGCAAAGCUUAUAUAAAAAUCGUCUGUGAUAGCAUAGAUACUUAUAAUUACACAGUUGUUAACAUGUAUAACUUUUUUUUAUCUAAUAAAUAUCAUGCGUCAUGCAUGAAUUCUUAAAACAUCAA